ACCUACAGGGUUUAGUUCUUCCAAAAAAGUUGUGUAUGGGAAAGUUAGCAACAGUAAUAAUGUUUACAAGAAUUUACAAAAAAAAUCAUGAUGUAUAUUGAAUUUAAAAUAUUUUGGGGACCAAUAUUAUGAGUUGAGGACCAAACAAGGGGGAAAAAAAAUUAGGCUAAAAAAAUUUUUUUUUAGUCGUCCCCGUUUUGUCCCUCGAGUUAUCCCCCUUUUCAAGUUUUCAGAGAGUGGAGUCUCAUUUAGACACUUACAUCCUUGCCAUCGAUGUAAACAACGUCAGCGGACGCGAUAGAAAAGUGAGUGGUCUACAUGCCACUGUUACCCAUCUUUGCAUGGGAUGUGCCACUUUGACGAAUCAGGGAUGAACUAAGGGAAAGAAAGUUUUGCUGUCAGGCGGCAGCAUGUAAAUCGAUUUAAAGCGAGCCGUGCUGAACAGGUUCACACACGCGAAAUUUCAAAGGAAAAAGUGUUGAAACUUUGUAACUUUUUGUGCAUCAUUCAAAAAAGUCAGUGGCACAUAUAUUUAUAGAAAUACUUGUUUUACAACUUACAACGAUAAAAAUGUGAAUUCUAAUGAAUGGGUUAAUGGUGUGUUUUGACCGUUGACAAGAAUGGAUAUCGCCGGGUUGUUUAGUGUGUUGAUGGUACUGGCAUCACGUAUUGGGAGUUUGAGUUCCCAGUCCACGAGUGAUUCCAUACAAGGUGACAGUGUGCUACUAACCCCAUCUACAACAGGAAGUGUAACCAUGGAUACUAACUCAAUAUUUACUACAAUAUCGGAGACUAACAUAGUGUCAACAGUAUUAUCAGAAACUAACCAAGUUACCACUGUAGUAUCAGAGACUAAUCUUAUACCAACAACAGCAUUCCAAACCACUGUAGUAUCAGAGACUAAUCUUAUACCAACAACAGCAUUCCAAACCACUGUAGAAUCAGAGACUAAUCUUAUACCAACAACAGCAUUCCAAACCAGUGUACUGACUUCCUCCAUAUUACAAAGUAGUUUACUUUCCUAUGUAACAUCAUCAACUUCUGUAGUGAAUUCUGUAGCAUCAAACGCAAAUAUUGUGCUCGGUGCUGCGACAGAGGCCUCGAGGACUUCAUCUGUUGAACCAACACAAAGUUAUUCAUCAAAUUAUGAACAGAUUUCAUCUCUACAAACAUCACAGAUAGACCAAAGCUCAGGAACAGCAACCAGUAUCUUCCAACCAGCCAGCAGCUCGAGCCACAUCCUCACAACCUCUAUCAUUAGUCAGCAGGGUCCCGUUGUUGUGAUGUCUGCAACAUCAUCAGUGGUUGGGACGUCUGCAAUAUCAGUGCAACCAGCCAGCAGCUCGAGCCACAUCCUCACAACUUCUAUCAUUAGUCAGCAGGGUCCCGUUGUUGUGAUGUCUGCAACAUCAUCAGUGGUUGGGACGUCUGCAAUAUCAGUGCAACCAGUCAGCAGCUUGAGCCACAUUCUCACAACUUCUAUCAUUAGUCAGCAAGGUCCGGUUGUUGUGACGUCUGCAACAUCAUCAUUGGUUGGGACGUCUGCAAUAUCAGUGCAAGCAGUCAGCAGCUCAAGCCACAUCCUCACAACUUCAGUCGUAAGUCAGCAAGGUUCAGUGGUUGUGACGUCUGCAACAUCAUCAUCAGUGCUUGUGAUGUCUGCAAUAUCAUCAGUACAGCCAGAGUCAAGUAACAAUAUCCUGAUUUCAUCCAGUGUGCAGACAAUGAGUCAGCAGUCCUCAUCCGGUUUGACCAUUCAGUCACCACAGUCUAGCAGUGAGACGUAUGUUGAAUCCUCUGUGGAUACAACAAGUGGAAUAACGUUUGUGGCAUCCACAACAAAGUCCCCUUCUUUAACAUCUUCAUCCAGUGUGAUAAUUUCAUCCACUAGUGCUGUUGAUUUGACAGCCUCUUCUACACAACUGCAGUCUUUAGAAACAUCAAAAGUAAUAACUUUGUCCUUAUCCUCCAUACUAACAUCAUUAGAGACAGGAAGUAACACCAUUACAGAAUCUGUUUCAGCUACAAUAUCAGAAUCAAUAACAUCUGUAGUGAUCCAGACUUCGUUUCCAGCAGCUAUGUCUUCUACACCAGAGUCUGGAAUCUCCACUCAGAAUCCACAGACAUCAGCCCUGUCCUCUUCACACGAAUCCUCAAUGACAUCAACAGCCACAAUAGCAACCAAUAGUCUCAAUUCAAUUUCACAAAGUCCAGCAUUAUCACAAGAGUCCACACCUUUAGAGACAGUUUCGCCCACUGCUGCAUUGGUAUCCAAUAUACAGAGUACUGAGGCUAUAAUCCCAUCCUCUCUAACAUCAUUAAGUCCUCAUGAAAAUACCAGUCCAGUGACCGCAUCAUCAGACAGCGGUGACCUGAGUGUCUACACAUCUUUGAUGUUAUCUUCGUCUGUAACAUUAGAAAGUGUAAAUACCAUGACAAUUAGUACAGCAAUUUCAUCUAGUGCCAUCUCUCCGUCAUCGACAUUGUCAUCUCUUACAAUCUCAACAACCUUAAUCAAUUUACAAUCAUCUAGCUUCGUAAGCAGUAUUUCUAGUGAUACUAGUGCUGUGUUAUCAUCUAGCCAGUUAGUUACUAGUAUGAGUGGAAUGUUUGAUGCUAGCACAACUGUAGUGAUUAACCCAACAUCAAGUCUGUCCUCAGUUUUAGGGUCUGCCAGUGAAUUUUCAUUUGGAACAACUUCCUCCAUGGAGAGCUCAUUGAUUCAGUCUUCAGUAGAAAGCAGCAAGGAAACAAUAGCCUUUACCACAGCAGCUUCAUUAAGCCCUUUAUUGACCAUUGGGUCUCUGUCCACUUUAUCAAUGACAUUGGAAUAUGAAUCCUCAGUCUUUGAACCUUUCUCAUCAUCAAGUGAUAUUCAACCCUCAUCAGCUAUGUCUACGACAACAACAGACAGCAGCAUAUUGCUAUCUAGUUUGGCUGAAUCACGGUCGCUCGUUUUGAAUGUUUCAGAUGUAGAAGUGUUAACUCCUUCAACAGUAAUAUUCACCACCACACAAGUGAGCCCAGUAACUUCUACAUCAACUGCAAUGCAGAUGAGCUCUGAUUUCAUGAUAAGUGCCACCAGUGCCACAGAUUUACCUUCUGUAGCUUCAUCUUCAGUGAGUUUUGGUUUAUAUUCAAGUCUAAUGGAGAACAACACCUCCACUCCAUCCUCACCCCAGUCAAUGGCUACAACUGAGGCUCUGACAAGCAGUGCAGUAUUAUUUGAGAGUUCAUCACUGACAACAGCAACAUUUACAGUGACUCCAACAUUUACAGUGACUCCUACCGACAGUUUUGUUGUGACAACUCCUCUCGUGAACCUCACUGUCUCACCCAGUGACACAAUCCUGAUAACAGUAACACCAUCCAGUGAAUUUAGUACUACAACAAACAACAUCACAUCAAUACUGGAGGUGUCUUCUGCUCCUGGAACACUGGUACCAAGUACCUUAGUAACAGCAGACAGCAUGGGACCUACUGAGGUGUACUCAUCAAGAUUAAAUAUUUCAACACCGGCUAUUCCUAUAGCUUCAUCAUUGCCAACCUCCAUCUCCUGGUCAACUGUAGCAAUGACAUCAUCAACAGUGACAAGUAUUUCUGUCAAUGUAUCCAUGUUGGAACAAACUACACAGCUUCCAACAAUGGAUGUGUCUUCAUUCCCAACUACAGCUGUCUAUGCAACUGAAUCUUUGGAAUCUGGAACCGUGGAAAGUACCCCAGUAUUGUCAAAUUUCACACCAACAGGUCUGCCCACUUUUUCCACAACAAUGGUUUCAACAGGAAAUCUGUCAGAAAUGUUUGCGUCAACAGCAUCAGUGGUCUCAAGUAGUACAUUUACACCAACCUCGCUUGUGACAUCCUCCCUCUACCCGUCAGCCGACCUUGAGAAUCAAACAACAGUUCUGGAGUCCAGCACACCCUCAUCAAUCUUUGAAGAAUUGGUGUCUGUAUCUUCAUUUGAAAAUGUGAGCAGUUUGUUUUAUUCAACCCCUUAUAUACCGAGCAGUGAGCUAAUUGUGAUGUCAUCGUUAACAGGGUCAUUGGACUCUUCUAUGGUACUUCUGACUUCCAGUUCACUUCUAGCUUCUAACCUAAGCCUGGAAUUCUCAAGUGAUUUCCUCGAGUCAACAUCUAUGCCUGAGGUCAACAUGACAGAAACUCUGAGCAGCCUCACUGACCAAAUCACAAGUGGAUUGUUUUCAUCAACAAUUUCACCAAGCCUUUCAAAUUCUUUAUCAACAACUGAGAAAUUAAAUUCAAGUAGUGUGCACCAAAUAGUAUCCACUAUAUCAACAGAACUAACACUGAUAAGCAGUAGUCCAACAGUUACUAAUAUAGAGACAAUUACCCCAAGCUUCUUGUCAAGUAGUCCAUUAACAACCAGCACAAUUAUCCCUACAACACUGGAUACUGAUAGCAUGUCCACAGCAGUGAAUAUGUCUGCUGUGUCCACUCCAGUACUAACAAACUCUACAAUAGUUGUACCAACAUCUAGUGGGGCAAUGUCUUCAGUAUUUGUGAGUGGACUACUAACAAGCACAGGAAUGGUGUUUGAGAGCACUAGUGGAGUGUCUACAGAUUUAUCUAACCUGGUGAUAGAACAUUCUUCUUCACCUCAAGUGAUAAGCUCAAUAUUCUCUACAGAAGUUCAAAGCUCUCCACAGCAAACUGUCAUCAGUUCUCAAACUUCAAGUGUAUUAUCUUCCAUACUUGUGGCAACAACAGUGCCAUUAAGUUCAGCUAUGAUACCAACGGCUGUUCCAGGCACCUCCCAGAUUGUUUCUUCAUCUGUUUUAAGUACUCACCAGGUGCUGUCUACUAUUGUUCAGAGUGCAUCUACUGCUGUUUCAGAAACCUCCCUACCUUUAUUUUCCUCCACCCCAGUGACUACUGUAGCUCCUGUUAGCUCAAUAGAGAUUUUGAGUUCCACCCAGUCAGCAGUGUCAGCUUCAGAGUCCACUAUAACAACACCCACCAUAUCUUCUGCACCAGAAAUAUCCACUACAACAACACCAUUAGUAUCCUCUACAACAACACCGGUAGUAUCCUCUACAACAACACCAUUAGUAUCCUCUACAACAACACCGGUAGUGUCUACAACAACAACACUAGCAAUAACCUCGACAACAAUACCAGCUGUAUCCAGUAUAACAACACCAACAGAAUCCUUGACAACACCAUCAAUAACAUCAACACCAGCAGAAUCCUCGACAACAACAGCAAUAACCUCAACAACAACAGAAUCAAUAUCCUCAGAUAUCAGUCCCUCUCCAUCUUCUCCCAGUGUUUCAACAUUUAUUUCAUCAACAGAACAAAUUACAAGUACUCCAACAUUAAGCCAAAGUAUAACACCAUCACAAGCUUCAACAAGUCAAUUACCAGAGUUAUCAAGUGUCCAGACCAGUGUUCCGGAAGUUUCCACUGCAGUGACGUCUCGGGUUCUCUCCAGCUCUGUAUCAACAGUGGAUGCUGUCACGUCCGUCCUGAACCCAAGCUCUUCAGUUGAGGUAACUACAACAGCCACUGAGGUUUCAUCGUUGUCUGCAACAGUGCCAUCAUCAUCAGCUGUCACAGAGAGCACGACAGAUAGUUCCUACACGACAGAGAGUUCGUACACGACAGAGAGUUCCUACACGACAGAUAGUUCCUACACGACAGAUAGUUCAAACACAACAGAAGUUCCUUCUACAGCAACAACAAAAACGACAACACCAAGCACAACACCCAGUCCAUCAACAACAGCUGAUGUUGUCAGAACUUUCUGGGUUGUUACAGUUUUGAAGAUCCCCUUGACUGAGGAUGUCAAAAAUGAAACUUUCAUUUUGUCCAUGGAACUGAAACUGGGAAGAGCAUUUGUGGAUGCCUUUGAAAGACAGAAGCAGAUUGCUGAAGGGUCGUACAAUCCACUUCGUCGCAAACGUGCUACACAAGUGCAAGAUACAGUGGUGGAUAUAGUAAAUGCUACCAGAACACAGGGAACAGGAAACGUGACCUUUGUUUACACGAUCACAAAGAAUGGAACCCAGAUUCGAUCCGAGGAGGCUGUUAGGACACUUGGGUUGCUCAGCGAUCAGGAAAUGGCUCUAAAACUUGGAUAUGUUGUGGCUGAAAAAGCCAGCACUUACUAUGGAAGGAGCAGUUCUGGUUACAUACCAUCUGAUGAUAACAAUCUGUGGGUGGUAGGUGUGGCGGUCAGUGCGGUUGUUCUGAUCAUCAUCGUCAUCUGGGUGAUCUUCUGCUUCAUCAUCAAAAAACGAGGACCUGAGAGUACGAAAGAUGAACCAGCUCACCUUUUAAGAAUGAAAGGUGGAACAAAGGAUGAUGAGUCAUUAGAGAUGGUUCAGUCACCUAGCAACUCAACCCAGAAUAUGAAAAAGAGGCAGUCUUAUGCAGUCACAAAGGAUGAAGAUUUAGAGGACCCUACAUACGCCACUGUCAAAAAGCAAGGCAGAAAGUCAAGAGAGGAUUCUACUGCAGGAGAAUCUGCUACCUUGGCCUCAGACGACACAGGACUGAUACCAUCACCCAGUAAAAGGGGGAAGCGGAAAAAGAAAAAGAGACCACCCUCAGAUGAUUUUGAUGACAUAGAAAGGGAGACUUACUUAGGUACUUCAUCUUCACCUCAGCGAGUCAGAGAGCCGAAAUCAUUGUCUCUGGAGGAUGAAACAGAGUAUCAAAGGAGAGUCGCAGAGGAGAGAAGAAAAAAUAAAAAAAGAUUGAGAGAAAAGAGAAGGAGAGAAGGACAGAAAAAGGAAGACACUGGGGACAUGAUGAAGGAAUAUCUCGCUGUUCAGGAGGAAAUUGACGAUGAGUUAGACAUUAUUCCUCCACCAGACAGAGGAGAGCCAGACGUUCUCAGAAGCACAUCAAAAGGUUCCAAGAAAAGAAAGAAGAAAAAAGCAGAAGGAGAAAAGAAUGAAGGGUUUGAACCAGAGAACCUCUCCAAUGCCAAAAAGAGAAUGCACAAACUCCUGGACGAUGCUUUCGCUUUAAUUUCUCCUCAGCUGGAUGAUACAAACCAAGAGGAACUCAAACCAGAGAAGAAGCAUGAACCUAUGUAUAUUAAUCCAAGUUACCAUGGCGCCCGGAGGGAGGGGCUAACUACCUGGAGCCCAUACAGAGCUGCAGAUGACGUGACAUUAAUCUCCAUGCCAAAGACUGUACCUCCUGGAGAUGAGGCAGAUAGAAAGGGUCCGCACUCCAAGCGACCAGCUGUAAACCUCCCAGAACCAGUGCCAAAUGCUUCCUCAUACACCACAGAACCCCCUAAACCAAUCAUUCUGAGGACGCUCAGCAAAGAAAAGUCCUCUUCAAAACGCUCAACGGACUCCAAACCCUACCUGCAUAAUGGUUUUGGUUCUCGUGAAGAAUCCAACAGUGAUAAACUGAAAUCAAGUAACACUACUCACAGUGGGCCAGGAAGAGCUAAGUCUGCCAAUGGUGAUCUGACCCAGAAACCACCCAUUCAGCAUCAGAAGCCGUUCAAGGUCACUCCGGAGGGAGAGGACAUAACAGAUGUUGUAUCCAAAAGCAUUCACGCUGGGGAGACCCCGGAGAACACUAUUACAGCAGUGAGGAAUGAACUACAAAACAUUGCUCAUCCCACAGUUGUGUCGGUGAAAUCGGGGAAGGCGGGGGGCUGGACUGGGUUUUCCUCGGGGGGCAUGGCAGAUAUAGCAUAGGCAGAAUUCUCAACUCAACCCACGAGGGUUUGGAUCAGCUAAAGGAAGUGAUGGGGUCUACUGUCAGUUCCUCCCUAGCAAGCAAUCAUACCUGUGACCCAGUACAGUGUACUGAGAACAUCUGUAUAGGUAUAGGUAUUUUAUAACUGAAUGUAGAGGUAGGUUUAUGAAAUAAACAGGAGAUGCGCCAUAUAAGUCUGAUUUUCUAAAAAUCUUAUGUUUUUAUGGUGUGAUGAUCAAAUAAUUGUAGACGAACGCUGAGGAAAGCCUGAUAUGGUAAUUUUAUAAAGCUGUAAAUAUUUUUGAAAGGUUCGUUUCGAAAUCAUGCAUUAUGUAUUUUACAAUCAGUACAUACUCUGAUGAUUUGUGCAUCAACAUACUGUUAUCUUUAUUGUUAAUUGUUGUUAAGAAAGAUGCGAUGAGGACCAAAUUCGCUUUUAUUACAUUUUUCUCACAGUUUACAUCAUUUAUAUAUCUCUGUUUAUCUACGAUUCUAAAAACGUGGUUGGUCAUGUCUCUAAUUAAGGUGAAUGUACACUGUUUGGUUGAAGUGUUUAAUGGUUAUAAAAAAUUGUUGUUGACAUUAUUUUUGAAAAUGGGGAAUCAGAUAUUUAUGUGCUGCCAUGCAAACAAAACAAUGAACUGCUACUUAAAUUUAUUUUUAUAUAACAAAUAGCAUUCUCAAAUUAUUUUUAGACAUUGCUUUUUUUUUCUUGUUAUUUAUUGUGUAAACUUAUUUUUUAUAUAAAGUGAAUUUUUAUCAGAAUUUGAGAAAAAGUUAGAAACAUUCCCAGUGAAGUGUGAUAAAUUUGUUAUUGAUUCAUUUUUAGAUUGUUUUCUUUUAAAUCAUCACAUUUUUUCAAGCAUUUUGUUGUUUAUGCUUUUAAAUGCCUUUCCAUUCUCUGCAGUUUGUUUGGAAUAUUUCAGUAACUAAACAUCUUUUAAAAUUACAAUGGAUACAGGAUAUUUAUAUUACAUGAAAGCUGGGAAUAUCACCACCCAUCAAAUUAGUAGAUUUAAGCAUUUUCGUAUUUUGUCUUUUAAAAUUUUUAAAAAAGAAUUGUAGGACUACCACCAUUUGAAACUUUCCAACCUCAAAAAAGAAAAUAUGAUUACUAUUUUGUAUGAAAUUGUUACAUUAUGUUCUCAACUAAUUUUUUUUUUGGUUCAGAUUUUUCCUACUAAUUUAAUUCCUUAUUUUACAAAAAGCCAGUACAAACAUUCCGAUGUUUUCCACAUGAUAUUGUUCCCGGUAACUGCAUGAACUGGGUUGUAAGUCUUAGUGCUGAACGAUGUGAUAUUAUGUGUAUAUUCUUGCACAAAACAAAUUUAUUCUACUUAAUGACAGAUCUGUUAUUUAUGAUCUUAAUAAAUUAUUAAAAUAU